CAUUUUGGAAUUAUUUCCGAUUUCCGAACAAUUUCUUGCUUCCAAGCAAUGCAAUAGUUAUUUUGCCUUAUCUUCCAUCUCUUUCUUCCUCGUCGUUCUCUCCGCCAAUGAAGUCAGCAGCAGCGAUAAUGUCAGGCCUUACUCUCUCUAAAUCGCCGCCGCGCUCCGCCUACCUAUCGUCCUAUUCACCCCACCGCUGCUUCAGCUUUUUCUCUCUAUCACUCCCGAUUUACCGUUCUCUGAACUCCAUGAAGAGGCCCCCAAUUCAUGUCAGUCAUAGUAACCCGAUGUUCAUCGUUCGAAAUUCGUCUUCGAGCUCUUCCGGUUCUUCUUCGAUCACCGCCAAACCCUCUUCUGAGAUGCGCAAGCAUUACAACGGAAGCGGUAAAGGAAUCGAUCGAGAUCAGAAGCUCACCGCCCUCCGUGAGCUUUUCGGGAAGCCCGGUAUUAAUAUCGACGCGUAUAUCAUUCCCUCUCAGGAUGCUCAUCAGAGUGAAUUUAUCGCCGAGUGUUAUAUGAGAAGGGCCUACAUAUCAGGUUUUACUGGUAGUGCUGGGACUGCAAUUGUUACAAAACAUAAGGCAGCUCUUUGGACAGAUGGGCGAUACUUUCUCCAGGCAGAAAAGCAAUUGAGCUCGAGUUGGAUCCUUAUGCGUGCUGGUAAUUGGGGUGUUCCCAACACUACUGAAUGGCUCAAUGAUGUUUUAGCUCCUGGUGGCAGAAUUGGCAUAGAUCCCGGAGCAGUUUCUUUUUUCUUCUGAUGCUGUAAAUGAAUUGAAGGAAGCUGUUGCUAAAAGCAAUCAUGAGUUGGUAUAUUUAUAUGAUGUUAAUCUUGUGGAUGAAGUAUGGAAAGAAUCAAGGCCAAUGCCUCCAAAUAAACCUAUUCGAGUGCAUGAUCUUAAAUUUGCUGGUGUUGAUGUGUCAACUAAGUUAUCUAAUUUGAGGUCUGAACUCACUAAUGCUGGAUCAUCUGCAAUUGUUAUAUCUAUGCUUGAUGAAGUUGCAUGGCUACUGAACUUGAGAGGAAAUGAUGCUCCACAUUCUCCUGUUAUGUAUGCAUACUUGAUAGUAGAGAUUAAUGCAGCAAAACUCUUUGUUGACAAGUCAAAAGUGACCCCUGAAGUGAAUGAUUACUUGAAGAAAGCUGGCAUAGAGUUAAAACCAUACGACUCCAUUCUUUCUGAAAUCGAAAGCUUAGCUGCACGAGGGGCCCACCUUUGGUUGGACACAUCAUCAGUUAAUGCUGCUAUUGUAAGCACAUAUGCAACUGCUUGUGAUAAAUUCUUAGAAGGCCUUGGUAAUAAUAGUAAGAGCAAAGGAAAGAACUUAUCUGGAGCACCUUCUGCAUUUUGUAAGAGCUCUCCCAUAUCUCUAGCUAAAGCAGUGAAAAAUGAUGCUGAGUUGGAAGGGAUGCGUAAUUCUCAUCUAAGGGAUGCAGCUGCUCUUGCUGAGUUCUGGUCAUGGCUGGAGGAGGAAAUGAGUAAAAAAACAGUACUCACAGAGGUUGAAGUUUCAGAUAAACUUCUUGAAUUUCGUUCAAGUCAAGCUGGUUUUGUUGAUACUAGCUUUGAUACUAUAAGUGGUUCUGGUGCAAAUGGUGCUAUUAUACAUUAUAGAGCAGAACCAGAGAGCUGUAGCAUAGUGGAUACACAGAAGCUGUUCCUACUAGACAGUGGGGCCCAGUAUCUUGAUGGGACAACUGAUAUAACACGAACAGUUCAUUUUGGUCAACCUUCUGAAAGACAAAAAGAAUGCUUCACCCGAGUUCUUCAGGGUCAUAUAGCACUUGAUCAAGCAGUAUUUCCAGAAAAUACACCAGGUUUUGUACUUGAUGCAUUUGCACGUUCUUCCCUUUGGAAAGUUGGACUUGAUUAUCGCCAUGGAACUGGACAUGGUGUAGGAGCUGCAUUAAAUGUUCAUGAGGGCCCACAAAGUAUCAGCUUCAGAUUUGGCAAUAUGACUCCUUUGCUUAAAGGCAUGAUUAUCAGCAAUGAACCAGGUUAUUAUGAGGAUCAUGCCUUUGGUAUUCGAAUUGAGAAUCUUCUAUUUGUCAAAGAGGUUGACACUCCUAAUCGUUUUGGAGGAAUUACAUAUAUUGGAUUUGAGAAGCUUACUUUUGUUCCUAUACAGACUAAAUUGGUUGACUUAACCCUACUCUCUGCUGCUGAGGUUGAUUGGCUCAAUGAUUACCAUUCACAAGUUUGGGAAAAGGUUUCAUCAUUGGUGGAGGGAUCUGCACGUGAGUGGCUUUGGAAUAACACGCGUCCAGUUGUAAAGCCAUGAUUUUCUCUACUUUGUGUAUACAUGGGAUGUCAUCUGUAUAUAUAAAAAGAAUAUGUUGCUGUGAAGUAGAAUUUUAAUGAAAUAUUACAAUUGUAAUUUGUAACAUGGCUGCAAACAA